CUUAUAUACACUAUUUCUAACGUCCACCUGUAUUGUGUUAUUUUAUGUUGCUUCAUGAUUUGAGGGUCUCGACUUGGCUAUGCAUGUUGGAUCCGCCCAAUAUUUUUUUCCACUUUACCUUGGCCUGCGUGCGGCUGAGGUUAGAGGCGGGUUCCCCUCUCCAAUAUACCUCCAUAGUUGAUCUCCAUUUACUUAAGAAUAUAGGUAACUCCAUUAGAUUCAGACUACUAGGAAAUAUACGCCAAAGUAAUCGUCUUUUCGGUGUCAUAGUUCGGGUCAAUAUGUCUCACGACUUGAAAUCUGGCCAUCAGAACGUGUCUUAUCCGUCCUUAAAUCCGACUAACACUCGCUUUUGCAUUAAUUGUGCUCAACACGUAGUUCUUGACCAACUUCAUCGUUGUAUCGAAUGCGGUCAAGAUGUUCCGCGGUCAAACCCGGCCAGCCUAGCCAACGGUAAUAACUCGACAGGUACAGGGGCUAGACUAUCAGGACCUUCAUUAGCCGAGCCAGACUGUGCGUUAUCGAUCAACAACCUCAUUAAUAACGAGGGUAAGGCGAAACCGCAGAAAAGGGAUAGAAUAGGGGAAACGCGUAAGAUGCUCGAAUCGGAUAUUUGGUCGCCGGAACAGCUGGAGCACUCUGCCAAAAGCAGCGCAACACGUACUGGACAUUAGUUCAGUUGUAGCGGCGCCAACCUGAUCGUAUUGCAAACCCAAUAAGUGAUACUAUACGCAAUUGGCUACCUCCUAUCUAAUCUUCCCGACGACCCCAACGAAUUGUCAAUCCCUACGAGCCGAUAUCUCAGCUUUAGGUACAUAUGAGGCAAACCCAAGGUGUUAAUU